AUGCCACCAGUAGACAAGCCUAUGUUUAUUGCGUUACCUAGAGAUCGUUAUUUCCCAGACUAUGCAUCCAUAUACCAACCCAUUCCUCCAGCUGAACAUGCAUCGAUGCAAUCUGAUGAAUUCAAGCCUGGAGAAGAUCCAAAGGAGGAUCCGGAAGAGGAAAUGGUAGAGGAACUUGAGGAGGAUCCCGAAAAAGAUAUGGAUGAAGAUGAGGUGAUAAUGAUAACCGAUUCAGAGUCAUCUGCUUCAAUUCCACCUACUCCCACCCACUCUUUCCUUGGAUUUUCACUCCGCCGUACUAGAAAGACUGUUAGGAUUUCAGUCUCAAAAUCUACUACUAUAAAGUAUAACUUGAGUUCCUAUCUCACUAAAAAGGCAAUGGACCCAUCCGUUUUGGAAAGCAACCAAGGGAACCUAAGGACAGAUGAGACGCGGGCUGCAAGAACAUUUGAAGAAGGACAGGCAUCAGGGGUUGCGACCCCAUCUGACAUAGACAUUAACAAUUUGUCCUUCCUACUUGACCAGAACACCUGA